AAAAUAAAUAAGAUUACAAAUUUCGUGCAGGUUAUAAACUAUUACCAAACAAAGGAUUUCCCAGAAAAUCCAGUUGGUAUAAAGCUGAAAGUUGUAUUAUGUGAAAUUGAAUUGAAGGCGACUCACUCUUUUGCGGCCAUGGAUUUGAUUUCAGUCCGUCGAAAUUCAUUCAUUCUUUCGCGCCUUAAAUCACUUUUUUCUUUAAAGCGAUUUAGCCAUAGCUUUGUUGAGCAAUCCAGUCUUUUAAAGGAAAGUAAAGGCUCGCAUUUGAGUCCUGAAUCUCAGCUAGGCAAAGUGGAUAUGCCAGAAUGCACGGAGUUGGAUUCUAGGAUUUUGGGUAUUAAGCCUUCGAUGAUAUCUGAGCCCUCAUGGAUUGUUCUUAAAAUUCUUCAAAGAGAAGGGUUCAAAGCGUACUUGGUUGGUGGUUGUGUAAGGGAUUUACUACUGAACAGACAACCAAAAGACUAUGAUAUUAUAACAAAUGCCCAACUUGAGCAGGUCAAGGAGCAGUUUCGUCGUACUCAAAUUGUUGGACGUCAAUUUCCUAUAUGUAUAGUACACUUAAAAAACACGGUUAUUGAGGUAUCUAGUUUUGAAACUAAAGUGCGAGGCACUAUUGAGGACAAGAAGAAAAAGUUUCUGAUUGUUCAAAGGCCAAUAAAGUGCAAGAAACCAGACCUUUUGCUUUGGAGGGACUGUAUGCGUCGCGAUUUUACAGUUAACAGCUUAUUCUUCAACCCUUUUGAAAAUAAAAUAUAUGAUUAUGCAAAUGGACUGAGGGAUUUAAGGUCCCUAAAGCUACAAACUUUAGUUCCUGCUCAUACAUCUUUCACAGAGGAUAGUGCUAGAAUCUUGCGGGCUGUGAGGAUAGCAGCUCGUCUUUGCUUGUCGUUUUCGGAGGAAAUUGAGACUGCAGUAUCUGAUCUCUCUUUCUCAGUGCGGAGGAUAUCCCAGUCCAGAAUAAUGAUGGAGUUAAACUAUAUGUUGUCUUAUGGAGCUGCUCAGCCUUCAAUCUCUCUACUUCAGAGACAUGGCCUGCUUAAAAUUCUGCUACCAUUCCAUGCAGCAUAUCUUACUCAGCAGGAAAGUAAAUAUGGUGAAAAUUCUACAAUGUUGAUGAAAUUAUUACACAAUUUAGAUCGCGUGUCAUCUUGUGAACAACCUUCUGAUUCUGGUUUGUGGGUCGGACUUUUUGCCUUUCAUAUAGCAUUGGUAGGAAACCCUCAGCAUCCUCUUGUAGUUUUGUGUUUAGCCUCUCUUCUGUAUUAUGGGAAUUGGAAGGAAGCAAUUCAUCAUGCAAGACUGCAGAUUGACGCCCCUAAUUGUUUCGAACCUGAAUUUCUGGAAGCAACAGCCUUUUUGUCAGAUCAUGAACUUGCUGAAAGAGUUGACCAGCUGGCUUUUUUAAUACACCAAUCUGUGCAUGUUUUGACUGAUGCAGACAGUCUGCAUGAAAUGAUGGAAAACUUUCCGGGCUGCACAUCUUCUGGCUUGGUAUUCGUGCCAAAAAAUAUGAGGAGCUAUAUUGAAAAUGUUUUUGGUGGGAUUGAUGGACUUGUACACAACUCGAAGGGACGAAUGAGCUUUGAUAUAGAUUAUGAGUUGCUUCAAAAACGUGAUGUAAAAGAAUCAAGGUUUGUUAUUGGGAAAAUUGUAAUGGAAACCCUCUGUUGUGCGGGAGACCAUGAAGUCACAUCUCAGAGGGAUAAUGACCCGAUCGAGAAGAAAAUAGUAGAGAAACAGGAAACAUCAUCUUCUUGUCAGUCACUGACAGCAAGGAACAUGAUGUCUAAUGAAGACGUGUUCACAGGGGUAAAACAAGAACUGCAACAGAAGAAGGAAGAGAAACAACAGAAAACUAAAAAGCAGAAGGUGGUCAAAAUUGAGGACAAUACAUAUGUGAAAUCAAAAGUAAUAGGUGAGGGAAGACAUCUGUUAUCAGAGAGCCAGGUGGCCGAAAUGCAGAAGGCAGUUGAAAAUUGCGAAGAAAUAACCCAUAGUAAAUGUAAUUUUCGUGAAGCUGAUGUAGCUGCCAAACACAAUAAGAAGCGGAAAUUGCAUGCAAGUAAAAGAAAAGGAGGCUUGCAUCUGCUAUCUGCUCUGUUCAAGUGAAUGUAAUAAUCUGUUGUGUAUACUUUGUAGGAAUAACCAAAAAAUAGGCAGGUACGUGUAAUUCAUUUAGUGUUCACAACCAAAAGAUCAAAUCUUGGUGAUAGAGGGGUUUGAUUUUUUUUGGCAGCUUGCUUAGUUUUUAGAUUAUUUCGGGUAGGUUAAGUGCCCGUUUGACCGAGUUCAUGAUUUAUAACUAACGUGAUUUAUGAUUUAA